AUGUCUCAAGACGUUCUCAAAGAAUCAGACGUUAGCUCACCUUUAUACGAUAUUUAUAACAAGAAUGAUAUUGAUCAAGAUAAUAAUGAUAAUGAAAUUUAUGAUUCAUUAAAUUCAAAUAUUGCUAAAAAUCAAAGCAAAUUACAAAAUGAAAUUUCACAUAACAAGCCAAAUCAUUUAUCUUUUACCAAAAUCAUCAUUUCAUUAUUUAUUUUAAGUAUUUCAGGAAUUUUAUAUAAUCAAUUAGGUCAACAUAUUCAUGAUAAUCAUAUCCUUGUUCCAGAAUUAGCUUCAAAACCUUUAGAAAUUGGUAUUAAAAUAGGUAAUGCCCUUGUUUUCCAUGAUUCAGUUCCAAAAUGGGUUAUUUAUUCAAUUGAGGGAAUCAUAUUUGGUUUAAUUCAACCUUUAAUUGAUUAUAUCUUUAAUUUAAAAUCUGGGAAAAUUCAAACAAAAAUUGAUUCAAAUUCAAUUAUUAGAGCUUCAGUUGCAUUCUUAGGUGUUUCAUUUGCAGUGAGAAAAAUUGAAUGGAAUUCAUCAAUUCAAGCUUCAAUUGCAUGGUCAUUAUUAAGUCCAUGUUUAUGGUUAUUAUUAGAUGGUACUUUAUCAGGAUUUUUAACAAGUGUUACAAUUGCUUCAAUUGCAAGUUUUUCUGUUGUUGUAUUGGAAGGUUUACCAAAAAAUUGGAAUCAAGAUUAUGAAUUUAGUGCAAUAAUGUUAUGGUUAGGAAAUUUUUUCUUUUUUGGUUUAAUUAUAUUUGGUAAAAUUGGAAGAUAUUUAUUUCAAUAG